ACAAAAACAACAAUUAAAAGUCAUUUACAUUUGGAAAUCGAUUUUUUACAGAAUUCAAUAUUUUGUACAAGAAUAUCUUGAGAGAGCGAAUGAAAGGCAGCUAUGUACAUGUAUGCACGGAUCUUGUAUUAGCAUAUGGAUCAUCGGCUCUUCCCAUCAUUAAACAAUGUAGGUGGAAUGCACUGAACUGUGCUAAUACUAUUAGUAUUAGUACAAUUCAGUGGUGAAAUGGAUAAUCUUUGUGACUUCCGUUCCGAAUCCGGGGCCGUGGGCCAGAAAAUUCCAUUGAAUGUCCCCUCUACUUCGUACGUCGUCUGUGGCAUUAUAAAUCUUAAAUAACACCAUCUAGCGUUUCAGUCGUGCGAUAACUAGAAGCUUGUCGUCGAGGAGAAGGGUAAAAGUAGUGAAGGUAGUGCUCGUGGUGGUGGUGGUGGUGGCGGCGGUUGAGAUAAGUACGGGGGACUGAGUGCACAUCAGCGAGAUCAAGCGGCAUUUUCUGUUCUAUGAAACAGUUUCUUAUCCACUGUUCACGUUUCAGAAGAUGAGCUGUAUAGUUUAAAACGUCGAGUACUUCACGAUUAGUAUAAUGUUAAAGGAUUAUUCGCAUAUUACGCAGGCGCUUUUGGGAACGUUAUUUACGUGGGCACUCACCGCAGCGGGUGCCGCACUCGUUCUUGUUAUACGAGGAAAACAACGCAAGCUUUUGGAUGUCAGCUUGGGAUUCGCGGCCGGCGUGAUGGUAGCGGCAAGUUAUUGGUCGCUAUUAUCACCUGCUAUCGAAAUGGCGACACUGAGCAAGCUUUAUGGAACGGAAGGCGAAUACGCGUUUGUACCAGUUGGAGCUGGAUUUCUCAUUGGCGCAGCCUUUGUUUAUGGAACGGACUUGUUGAUAUCUUCCCUUGGCAUUCAGUCCCCCAAUGUGCUUUUAGCUAUGCAGUCAGUCGGUACGAAACAAAGAUGCAAGAUCCUUGCAAAACUAAAAAGUGACGAGGAUUUAGACGAUUAUGAUCCGUAUAACAACAUACAGAUUUCCGAUGGAAAACUAAAUACUCGAAUUGAGUCGACAACCAUCGAUGGUUUCAACGAGCAAAAUACAAGAAGACGUCAUAUUGCAAACAUACAUAGACCAGCAGAAGAAGGAGAACUUGGAGCACUUUACGAAGACCUUCACAACGACCGUAAAAACAACCAGUGGAGAAGAGUCUUAUUACUCGUUGUUGCUAUAACAGUGCACAAUAUUCCAGAGGGUCUUGCUGUUGGAGUCGGGUUUGCUGCAGUGGGGAGUAGCGAAUCAGCAACUUUUGAAAAUGCACGAUCGAUCGACCCCGACGUCACGGUCGCCGCAGUUUCCCUGGGUGGCUGCAAGACAACCUCGAGAGCUUGCACGGGUGAGACGUUUCGGUUUGAAGUGAACGGGGAGGGUGAGACGCCGAGCGACACCGGGAUUUUGUGCACGAGGCAAAGCACACUGUGGAAAUUGAAUGGGAGGGGUCCUGCUCGAUGCUUCCACGGGAAAUACUCGAGGAUACUUUUGAGAAAUUAUUGAGUUUUUUUUGGGGGUGGUAGGGGAGAGGUUUGUUAGGGUGUUCUGUAGAGAAUGGAGAUCGUAGAUCUUCUACCUGAUCGUAGAAGAGGAUCGCUAGAUAGAUGAACGAAAACUGACCGCUUAGCCACUAAAUUAUUAGAAGAAGUCUCAGGUCAAUGUUUAUAAACACGAUACGCGUUAUACGAUGCUCGAAUUUUAUUCCAUAUUUUAUUGUACAAUAUUGUGUCGCACAAUACAGAGUAUGCUUCACCCUGUACGCCUAGAUUUCGCGUUGGCAAGCCGCGACAAGGCGCUUCUGGUCGAGCAGACGCGUGCCAGGAGAAGCAAGAUAUGGUAUGCCUUCUCGAAACUCUGUCCUGACCGCGUCCAAGCUCGCCCCCGGGUAUAUUUUUGUAUCGCUCUGCAUCAAUUUGACCGGUGCAUCGUAGGAUCGUAGUCAGACGAGACCGAACGACCCAGUUCUCGCGAGCCUUGGACGACGGAAAGAUCUGGGCACGUGUUUAAUAGCAAUAGGACCGACGUGAUUAGCUAUCGAUCAAAAUUUUUGUAUAAAAAAUUUCCGUAAUUUACGAUCAAAAGUACGUUCUAGAUUGAAAAAGAAAUAAAAUAUCAAAGUGAGACAACAUAUUUGUAUGUCAGAAUCAAAUUGUAGACGUAGAUUGCUUGUACGUAUUCCGAUUAAAGCAAAACAAAAUCGUCCCUCGAAAGGUUAAUGAUAUUUUUAUUUCAAAUUUUUUGAAUGUUAUUUCUGGUUACCGAAGAAGUGUAUCGAUUCGUUGUCAUCGCCAUCGCUAAUAAUGUUUACCGAUCGGGACGUCGGGUCUCGGCGCUCGUUCGUUUUUCACUCCGAGGUCCUCUCGCGCGGUUAUUAGCGUGUAGUCUGGGAGCCGUCUGCGGGUCGACGUCCGCCGCGCAGAAAUAGAAGCGCCGCGACGCUCGUUACAUUCCGUCACCUACGAUCCGCGCUGACCAUCCCCGAGGCGAACGGACCCCUCGCUCGCGGUGACCGAUUCGCCGUUUUCCGAGACGGUCGUGCACGCGUGCUGGAUUUAAAACGGUCACGCGCCCCGCGUGCAGUUUUAGUCCGCCGAGAUGCGGGCGCGCAUCGAUCAUCCGCGACUCUGCUUCCGGUGCGGGGACCGUCUCGUUUGUCUCGAAAUGCGCGCGUUGACUUUUCGACAAGAGCAUAACUUAUGUUUUAUUCUUCCGUGUGGAUGUCUGAUCGGAUAAAAAAGAAGACGAGAGGGACAACUUAAUAUGAGUAUGCAGGACGUGUACAGACAGGGUGUGUUGUAAAUCGUGGGAUAACCGACAAUGGGGUGAAAAGACGAUUCCAAGUGUUAAAAGUAAAGGACAAGUAUUAAAAAAUAAAAUUUUCUAGGAAGAAGCUUAGUUUCCAAGAAAAUCGAGUUUAAAGAUUGCUAUAGUACUUUCUCCGGAUGAUUCCACGAAUAAAAGUUCAACGAACGAUACCGUCUCAACUUAUCCAGCAUCGACAGUCACUUAACGCUAACAAUGUAUGCACGUUUUAGCGGUUGUUAAACACGAAGCAAUCGUGAUAGCCCGACUGACAGCAACAGCCUAACAUCAGACGAAACAGACAGUACGAUCGACGGCGAAAUGUAAAUAUUCCCGUUGUUCAUCGACACGAAUAUGCCAACGGAAGCAACAGCGUAGAGUUUGUAGCGAGUCCAUUAAGUGGAAAAAUGGUGUACUCGUUGUAGAUGAAUGUUUUCAUUCGAGUUUCUUGAAAAUUGGACUACCUGCAAACAAAUUUCCAAAAUAAGUGUAAUCGCUUUCUUUCUGCACGGAGAAAUAUUUUAUUAAAUUAAAUUAAAAAAUACAAAAAUACAAAAAUUCUAGAGCAGCGAAUCUUGUCAACCACGAGCAACCCUCAUUAUAAAGGUUACACGCUGCUCCACCCCCUACGAAUUUUUUAACAAAAUUUAAAUUGCGUAUUCUCAAAGGUGCACAUAUUCUUAAAUUUAAAAAAACGAAAAAUUCGAUUAUUGUUCACUCGUCAAAAUAGAAAGCCCCCUUAAAAUUCACGAAACAUCGCGAAGACACGUCGCAUUUUCGACGGGUAUCCCCACGUGCGAAGCGUCGCGAUUACGACGAGGCUGCUUAACGGUCACCCUCUUAACUCAAAGGGCAGGUGCGUGGUCCGGUUUACAAGGGAAAAGGGCAGCUGCUCGUCUUAGACGGUGUUCAGAAGGAAGGGGAAGGAAGGCGAAGAGCGUAGAAGGAAGGGAUGCGGUUCGCUGCUAAGGUAAACGAUAUAAUGGGGACGUAACAGUGGGUCCUUUUCAGAGGCAGAUGUCCUGCUCGAGACACGUGCCCAUCCCGGGCCCCCUUUUCUCGGAGGGUGCCCACGGUCCUCCUUUCUUCGACGCGAUUAGACGGGACAGAGAAAGAGAGAGAGAGAGAGAGAGGGAACGCGAACGCGAGCUUGGAAACUCCCGAAAUCCCUCACGGCGUCCUCCUGGUCUCUUCUUCGUUUCUCUGUUUCCCCGUCUCCCUCCCUCGUGCGCUUCCGUCUUUUCUUUCUCCCUUCCGUUUUGUUUUCCUCCUUUCUUCGGCUCCCGUGCCUUUUUUCCUCUCGCCUGGAGGAAAGGGGGCCCGACUCCAGCUGCUGGUCUCGUUAUAGCGGAUCGCGCACCGGUGUAACGACGAAACGAAACCGUCUAUUGUGACGAGGAGCAAGCGAAACUCGUCUAGCGAGACCGCGCGUCGACCUUUCCCCGAUAUCCGACCAACGAGGACGAGGAAGACGCCUCGAUUCGCGCACGGGUCGCGCGCGCGAUAUGCGACGACGUGUUUCCGCGGCGAUGAAACGACGAGUGCCUCGGAGUGGCCUGGAAAGAGAAUCGAAAGUUUGCGAAGCCGGUUUUGCCCGGGUCGGCGCACGAGUUCGAUGAAUCGAAGAUAGACGACGGAGAGGCAAAUUCUUUCAAACGGUCGACGCACGCUCACGCGCGAGCACACGGUUGAAAGGUGCAUUCAGCAUUUCGUGGAAGCCGUUGCGUCUUCGUCCGCCGCGCUUUUGCUCGCUCGCUCGCUCGCUCCUCGAGCGCAUUGAGGCUGCGCUCGUUGUCUGAGAGCCGCUGCUUGCGCGCCCGUGCGACUUUUUGAGUCGCUUUGGUCCCACGCUGAGAGCCCACGAACGGCUCUACGUGCACGCGUGUGUUGUUAGCCAGAAUGCACUGAAUCGACAUGAAAUUUAUAUUUUUCUUUUUUUAUUAGAUUUUGACGGUGGGAUAGGUGUCUAUUUGAAAGUCGAGGUUUCUGAAUCUAUUAGGCGUUGGGAAUAAGUUGCGCAAAUUUGCUAGGUGUUGCAUUCUUUUUUUUAAUAAUUAGGUUUCUAUCUCCUUCAAUUUCAAACAUUUUUAGUGUGUUGUCAAGGAGGUAUUCUACUCUAGAGCGUACAUCUUCAAGUAUUCCUUUGAUCGAUGUUUCUUUACAUUCAUAAAGAAUUUUUGUACGAGGUCGUUUGAAUAAAUCUUAAAGAAAUAUUUAAAUUUGUGUGGGCCUCUAAUAUUGCCACUCGCUGGAUAGCCUUUCCGGACAGCUCUGUAUACCGAGCACUCGAACGCUUUCAAUAUCGAUGGAAAAAUAAGAAUUGGCUUCAAGUUGAAAUCCUGGAUUCGAGUUACCUGCAAUCGCGUAUCAAACGGAGCAUAUUGUCGAUCGAUGAUAGUACAUCAGAGCGAGGACGAGGAGCGUACCGCUUUAUUAUUGCUCGGGGAGCGCCAGACGAUCGGCGGUCGUCUCGUAAAAACGGAACGGUAGCUGCUGAUGCUAUUACUGCUCGGCAAAUCCGUGCCAAGGUCUCGCUUUCCGUUUUAUUC